AUGGACAGUUCUCUCGGAGCUCGUUUCACGUGCAUUGGAGCUGGGAUUUACGAACACCGUCUCUGUGUCUCUGCAGUGACCAUCAUCAGCGGCAUCAUCAUGUUGAUCCUGUUCGUCUCCGAGCUGCAGUACUACCUCACUAAAGAGGUUCACCCCGAGCUUUACGUCGACACGUCACGAGGAGACAAACUCCAAAUCAACAUUGACGUCAUUUUCCCUCACAUGCCCUGCGCCUAUCUCAGUAUAGAUGCGAUGGACGUGGCUGGUGAGCAGCAGUUGGACGUCGAACACAAUCUGUUCAAACAGCGGCUGGAUAUCGAUCUCAAACCUGUCACCACAGAGGCGGAUAAACACGAACUGGGUAAGGCUGACGAUGGCGAAGUGUUUGACCCGAGCACACUGGACCCCAACAGGUGUGAGAGCUGUUACGGAGCCGAGACCGAAGACCUCAAAUGCUGUAACACCUGUGAUGACGUGCGGGAGGCCUACAGGCGGCGAGGCUGGGCAUUUAAAAACGCUGACACCAUCGAGCAGUGUAAGAGGGAGGGCUUCACUCAGAAGAUGCAGGAGCAGAAGAAUGAAGGCUGCCAGGUUUAUGGCUUCCUGGAGGUCAACAAGGUGGCAGGAAAUUUCCACUUUGCUCCAGGAAAAAGUUUCCAGCAGUCGCACGUCCACGUGCACGCUGUGGAAAUACACGACCUGCAGAGUUUCGGCUUAGACAACAUAAACAUGACCCAUCUGAUAAAACACCUGUCGUUUGGUAAAGACUACCCCGGCAUCGUCAACCCUCUGGACGAGACAGACGUCACAGCGCCACAAGCGUCGAUGAUGUACCAGUAUUUUGUGAAAAUCGUUCCCACGAUCUACGUGAAAACAGACGGAGAGGUGGUAAAAACAAACCAGUUCUCCGUCACCAGACACGAAAAAGUGGCCAACGGGUUGAUAGGAGACCAGGGGCUGCCGGGCGUCUUUGUUUUGUACGAGCUGUCGCCCAUGAUGGUUAAAUUCACAGAGAAACACAGAUCAUUCACUCACUUCCUAACAGGAGUUUGUGCCAUCAUCGGAGGUGUGUUCACAGUGGCCGGCCUGAUCGACUCGCUCAUCUACCACUCGGCUCGUGUCAUCCAGAAGAAAAUAGAGCUGGGCAAAGCGUCCUAACACUGCCCCCCCGCUGGCCUCCACGGUGCAACACAGACCAAGACACGGAUACAGAGACAGAAAGAAGAAGAAGAGAAGAAGAGCAGAAGAGGUGAAGAGGGAGAAGUUUGGAAACAGGAGCGAGUGGUUUGUUUUCCCUCCAUCUCCCUCUUCUCACAGAGAGACAGUGAGAUCGGCCAAGUUUUGAAUUCCUCCGUCUCUUUUCUCUCUGGAAAAACCACUGGGGAGAGUUUUAAGGCCUCUGAGAAUUUUCCUCUCCACCAUUUAAGUGGACGCCAACAGGACAGAGCGAGAAUCAGACGUGGACAAGAGACUUUGUGACCGAGCAGAGACGAGGACACCACGUGACUUCAGACCCCGUCUCCAGAAGCUUCCUUGUGGGGAAAAAAAGCGGAAGGGUCCAUCCCUCCAUCGUGUCUACGUCCUGUUUCGUUUCCGGUAAACUCUCAGAUCAAUACACUGAAUGUUUGAGAGCAGGUCUGUGAGUCCUCCACCGAGAGGAGAACUUUUAAAGGAGAGCGUCACCCAAACCCUUUAGUUUUCACACCAGCUGCUCUGUUGGACAGAUUCUCUGAUCACGAAAUUAUUAUUUUUUUGUCAUAAAUUUGGUUGUAAUAA